CAAGGGUCUGUCCAGUUGAGUUAAGCUUCAGACAUCAGAUUGACAAGGAAAAAAUAGAAAGUAAAAGGUAGUACUCCAUUCCUCGUCAUAUUUAGUUUUACUUGUACUAGUUCUCUCUUCUUGUCUUCUCUCACUCUGUCCGCCAUUAGUGGAGCUGUAUCUGGUGGUGUGGAUCCUCCAAAAGCACCACAACCAAUAUCCUAGAAAGGAGGAAGCUUUGGGGUUGAUCUUAAUUGGCAUUCUUUCUGCAGCCGGAAACCCAUAGGUGAUCGGACUAGGUUGACGUCCGAUCUUUCAUCCGAGUCGAGAAAAAUGGUCAGGCAAAGAAUUCAGAUCAAGAGGAUUGAUAACUUGACAGCUAGACAAGUGACUUUUUCAAAGAGAAGAAGAGGGCUUUUCAAGAAAGCUCAGGAGCUCUCCACACUUUGUGAUGCUGAGAUAGCCCUCAUAGUCUUCUCAGCAACAGGCAAGCUCUUCGAGUAUGGUAGCUCAAGUAUGAUGCAAGUUAUUGAAAGGCACCGCCUAUGUUCCGAGGACAUUGGGAGGCAAGACAAGCAUCCACCUCAUCUCACGCAGCGGGAGAAUCAUACCCAUGCCAUGCUUGCUGAGGAAAUCAAGGAGAAAACCGCAGAACUGAGGCAUCUCAAAGGUGAAGAGCUAGUAGGACUGAGCAUGGAAGACUUGGUUAAACUCGAAAAGUUGGUUGAAGCAGGGUUAAGUCGUAUUGCCAAAACCAAGGGUGACAAAUUCAUGAAAGAAAUUGGUAUUCUCAAGAAAAAGGAAGCAUUAUUAAAGGAAGAGAAUGCAAAGUUGAGACAAAAAGUAGCAGGCACAUCGGAAGACGAAACACCUCUGCUGGAACAAGGGAUUUCAUCCGAGUCAGUGACCCGCUUAAGCGACCAAGUCGGAAGUUGUCCUCAGGACCUCAACAAUUCGGACACAUUUCUCCAGCUGGGGGAGGAUGAGAUUGCGGUCGCAGAAGAUCGAAUAUAUAAUUUGAGCAUAGCUGGGUCUAUGAUACCCAGAAAUUGUAGUUUAUGUUGCAUUAUUUUUUUAAAAAAAAAUAACAUGCAUGUAUGUCAGGCAUGCAGUUCUCUGAGUACGUAGAGGCCUCCAUGCUCUGAAAUUUUCUUUGACGAACAAAAAUGGCUCUAUUAAACAUUUCCAGAUAGCUGGUAUUUGUGUGUGUGUGUGUAUAUAUAUUUAUAUAGGUACAGAUGAGGGAUGUAAUUUAUGUUGAAUUGCUUUGCAGCUUAAAUAGUUUUCUGACAGCGUGAUUAAUGAAAGAAAAGUACAUGUUUUUA